AUGGAUAACUCCCUUGGCAACACUUAUCAUGCAACUCAUUUUGAAAUAGAACGGAAUUAUCUGUCAGAAGGACUUACUAAAAGCAUCAAUACUAAAGCAAUGAACAUCGAAGAUUUAGCCAAAGGAGGCAAAGCUAAAACACCUGCGAAGAAAAAAGGUUAUGAUGAUGUGGAGAUUAGUGAUUUGUCGCUGUCCGAGAAGAAGAGCAAAAAGAUUGAGCCCAAAAUUCUGAAGGAUGAAGCCAAGGGAGACAAAAAAGAUAAGAAGACAAUAGAGACAAGAACUGAGAAAACAAAUGAGAAAACGCAUUCGCCAAAGUCAGACGAUGUGCAGAGAACACCCGUGAUAAAAACGGAGGAAAAGACUCCUCGGCGUAAUGCGAAUGUUAUGUCCAUACCGAAGUACACAGGAGGGCCAAUCUCGGCUGGCUCUGAUACACCUAAAAAAGGAAAUUGUUGCACUCUUUUGUGAUCGAACAAUUCUCACAGUAGUUUUGGUAUGACCCCUCGAUUUUCGAUCAAUAAAUCUGACG